GCAGCGGGCGGGUGGGCUGGCAGCGGUGGACGCGUCGGAGCGGCGGGCGAUCAGGAAUUUGGCUCUGGGGCAUGAAGGCUAAGCUGCUUCAUUCUGGGCUGUUUUAGCAGGACCGUUCAUAGGAAGAGCAAUGGCCAUAGCAGCAGCUUCUCACCUGAACCUGGAUGCUCUCCGAGAGGUGCUAGAAUGCCCCAUCUGCAUGGAGUCCUUCACAGAAGAGCAGCUGAGGCCCAAGCUGCUGCACUGCGGCCAUACCAUCUGCCGCCAGUGCCUGGAGAAGCUGCUGGCCAGUAGCAUCAAUGGUGUCCGUUGUCCCUUCUGCAGCAAGAUUACCCGGAUAACCAGCCUGACCCAGCUGACUGACAACUUGACAGUGCUGAAGAUCAUCGACACAGCUGGGCUCAGUGAGGCUGUGGGGCUGCUCAUGUGCCGAGCCUGUGGGCGGAGGCUCCCCCGGCAGUUCUGCAGGAGCUGUGGUUUGGUGUUGUGUGAGCCCUGCCGUGAAGCAGACCACCAGCCUCCUGGCCACUGCACACUCCCUGUCAAAGAAGCAGCUGAGGAGCGGCGGAGGGACUUCGGGGAGAAAUUGACUCGUCUGCGAGAGCUUAUGGGGGAGCUGCAGAGACGGAAGGUGGCCUUGGAGGGGGUCUCCAAGGACCUUCAGGCAAGAUACAAGGCCGUUCUUCAGGAGUAUGGACACGAAGAGCGCAGGGUUCAGGAUGAGCUAGCUCGCUCUCGCAAGUUCUUCACCGGCUCUUUGGCUGAAGUUGAGAAGUCCAACAGUCAAGUGGUGGAGGAGCAGAGCUACCUACUCAACAUCGCAGAGGUGCAGGCUGUGUCUCGCUGUGACUACUUUCUAGCCAAGAUCAAGCAGGCUGAUGUUGCGCUUCUGGAGGAGACAGCUGAUGAGGAGGAACCAGAGCUCACUGCCAGCCUCCCCCGGGAGCUCACCCUGCAAGAUGUGGAGCUCCUUAAGGUAGGGCACGUUGGUCCCCUUCAAAUUGGACAGGCUGUUAAGAAGCCCCGCACAGUUAACAUGGAAGAUUCCUGGGCCAUGGAGGCUGCAGCCUCUGCCACCUCAACCUCUGUGACAUUUAGAGAGAUGGACAUGAGCCCUGAGGAAGUGGUAGCCAGCCCUCGGGCCUCUCCUGCAAAGCAACGGAGUGCAGAGGCAUCCUCCAGCAUCCAGCAGUGCCUCUUUCUUAAGAAGAUGGGGGCCAAGGGCAGCACCCCAGGCAUGUUCAACCUUCCUGUCAGCCUCUAUGUCACUAGCCAGGGUGAGGUGCUGGUUGCUGACCGUGGUAACUACCGUAUCCAAGUGUUCACCCGCAAAGGCUUUCUGAAGGAGAUCCGUCGCAGCCCCAGUGGCAUUGAUAGCUUUGUGCUGAGCUUCCUUGGGGCUGAUUUACCCAAUCUCACACCUCUCUCCGUGGCCAUGAAUUGCCACGGGCUGAUUGGUGUGACUGAUAGCUAUGACAACUCCCUUAAAGUGUAUACAUUGGAUGGCCACUGCGUGGCCUGUCACAGGAGCCAGCUAAGCAAACCAUGGGGCAUCACAGCCCUGCCAUCUGGUCAGUUUGUGGUAACUGACGUGGAAGGUGGGAAGCUUUGGUGUUUCACUGUUGACAGAGGUGCAGGGGUCGUCAAAUACAGCUGCCUCUGCAGUGCUGUGCGACCCAAGUUUGUCACCUGUGAUGCUGAAGGCACCGUCUACUUCACCCAGGGCUUGGGCCUCAAUCUGGAAAAUCGGCAGAAUGAGCACCAUCUGGAGGGAGGGUUCUCUAUUGGCUCUGUGGGCCCUGAUGGGCAGCUGGGUCGCCAGAUUAGCCACUUCUUUUCUGAGAAUGAGGAUUUCCGAUGCAUUGCUGGCAUGUGUGUGGAUGCCCGUGGUGACCUCAUUGUGGCUGAUAGCAGUCGCAAGGAAAUUCUCCAUUUUCCUAAGGGUGGGGGUUAUAGUGUCCUUAUUCGAGAGGGGCUUACCUGUCCAGUGGGCAUCGCCCUCACUCCUAAAGGACAGCUACUGGUCUUGGACUGUUGGGAUCAUUGCAUCAAGAUCUACAGCUACCAUUUGAGAAGAUAUUCCACCCCUUAGAGGAUGAGCACUUCCAGUUUCUUCUGUUCCUCAACCAACUUUCUAUUCCUUAGUCUUUGGUUGUUGAUGGUACUAUUGAGUGCACUUGGCUCAUGUCCUGAUUCCAGCUGGAUUGUCCUUAAAAUUUAGAAGCUCUAGUUUUUAUUUAUCCUUUCCCUCUUUUCCUUCACCCUACCUCCACAUAAUUUAGAGCUUCUUAUGGGUAUAUUAGCCCCAAUAGGACACAUGAUGGUGUUAGCCAAAGUUUGCUUUGAAACCAGGCACUUCCAAGGCUUCAGUAGAGAAAACCACUUUAGUCCUUUGCCCCUGUGUUUGAAAUUUGCCUCUGUAAUGAAUCCUUGAUUUUCCCCUUUGGGGCUCUGAGGUCCCUGGACCAUUAUUUCCCUCCCACUAUAAUGUGCUGCUUCUGUGAUACUUUCUUCAACUCUGGCUGCAUUCUGUGUGCAUGCUCCAGUGGGAUCUGCCCCACCCUUCAGUGACAUAGUAUCCCUGUAGCAUGCUGCCUCUGGUGUGAUCACUUUUGCCAGUAUGAAAGUGCACCAUUAAGUACCAACAGGGGUGAUGCACAGUCCCUUUGGGAAGCCGUACUGCUUGGCUGGGGGUCUUGAGCCAUCUUGGAUUGCCUUCUGAUGACAGAUGUGCCACAGAAUAUGUUGAUCCUGGUUGGGUAGCAUUGGAGACUUUAACCUGGAAAUUACUUGCCUUCUGAAAGGACUCUUGGGUUCAAAUUAUGCCACAGCCAAGGAGGAUGGGAAUGGACAAACAAAUCCUAAUGUAGCCAGCAAAAUUCCGAUAGUCUCUAGAGCUUACAGCAUUUCUUACUCUUUCCACUGACAUGUGCAGAAUUGUCUGAGGAAUUGUACAACUUAAGCCAGGGACAACACAGUGGGAAGAUGGACACACCCAUUUCAUUAAUAAACAAUGAACCACUGGGUAGUUACUCUGUAUUUUCUUAAAGUGACUGCAUACUGUUUGGCUUUGGGAUUUAUUUCUGUUCCUCUAUCAAGCAUUAAAUAAUUGACAACAAUUUCA